AUGGUAUGGGACGAAACUGUUAGAGUUGUAAACGGAUUUUUUGACAUCGUUUGGGGAGAUCAAGAGAUCGUCGUCGUCGACCAUUGCGUUUCGGACAUCACGAUGCCAGUACGUCCAAUGGGGUUCACGCGUGAACGCUUGAAGGGGGUUCCUGUAUAG